AUGGAUGCUUUGAAUGAGCAGUCCUCUGAAAUACGGCUGACAAGCUUUGCGGUUGUAGUCGAGAAUCCAAGCGAUUGGAAUAAUUUGGACAGAAUUCUCAAAGCAUGUGGGGUCUUCAAUGUCGUGGACAUUCGCUUCAUCCGAGAGACGACGAAGCCACAGGAUCCUCGAUGUCAGAAAUGUUUGGAUUUGGGCCAGCGUCCAGAUGGGAGUGGUUACCGGAUCUGGCCGAGCACGGCGCUGUGUUCGCAGGAGCUGAUUGCUGAAGGUUUCCUCUCCAUGGCAACAGCAUUGGAUGAGUCCAGU